AUGAAACUAGACAGCAUAGACAUUACACGCUGCCAAUUGGUCAACUCUACGAGAACCGCUAGGAUUUAUAGAUCAAAUACAUAUGCAAUUAAAUGUCUGGCACUAGAUUAUGAUAUCCCGCCACAUAACACCGAAUUCGAAGUAUCGAUAUUAAGCAAAGUAGGCAGCAAAUGCCAGCAUAUUCUACCUCUUCUAGAGUCCAAGGCCACUGACAAUGACUUACUGUUACUGUUCCCCUUUGAAGAGAUGAAUCUUCAUGAGUUUAUGCAAUUGCAGUAUAAAAGGGAUAUAAGAAAAAAAAAUCCUUAUUACGAUUUACUAGAUUCCAGUACCCAGACUGCUGCGGGUUCCUCAGUUCAGAAGUAUACCAAUCAAUUGGACGUCAACCAGUAUCCUUUGUCAUUUUUCUCGCAAAUAAUCGAGGGAGUUGCAUUUUUACAUGAGAACAAGAUCAUCCACCGUGACAUCAAACCGCAAAACAUCAUGCUAACAAACAAUACUACCACACAACCCCCUAAAUUGUACAUAAUUGAUUUUGGUGUCUCGUAUGACAUGGGAAAUAAGUCACAAACAAGUGCGGAGCCCAUGGAUAGCAAGGUGACGGAUAUAAGCACAGGAAUUUACAAGGCCCCAGAAGUGCUGUUUGGGGUGAAAUGCUACGAUGGUGGUGUGGACGUGUGGUCGUUACUGAUAAUCGUCUCUCAAUGGUUCCAGAGAGAAACGGACCGUAUGGGGCACGUACCGGCCAUGAUUGAUGACGGUAGCGACGAUAUGAACUCAGAUGGAAGCGACUUUAGACUGAUUUGCUCGAUAUUUGAAAAAUUGGGCGUACCGUCCAUUCUGAAAUGGGAAGCUGUUGCCCAACACGGUUCUGUUGAUGCAUUUGUUGGCAUGUUUGGCGCCGAUGGCGACGGCAAGUAUAUACUGGACCAGCAGAAGGAUGUACAAGUCAGCAUCAUCGAGAGGAACAUGCCUCGACUGAACGAGAUUACGGAUGUGAAGGUCAAACAGAAGUUCGUUAACUGUAUCCUGGGGAUGGUGUCCUUUUCACCAAACGAAAGAUGGAGUUGUCAAAGAAUCUUGCAAGAACUGAAAAAGCCAUAA